AUGGAAUCCGAUGAGUGUUGCUCCUCUGUGGCAGGCAAGGGCCACUGUGUGGUGUACACAGCCGACGAGAGGCGGUUCGAGGUGCCACUGGCAUACCUCAGAAACAAGGUCUUCAAGGAGCUCCUGCGGAUGUCCCAAGAGGAGUUUGGCUUCACGAGAGAUGGGCGGAUCACCCUCCCUUGUGAUGCUUCAACCAUGGACAACCAAAAUUAUUCGACGGCAUUCAGUUCUAUCUCCAUGGAGAUUACACCAAAGUCCUACAGAGGCUACCUGCAAGACCUUCUGGUUGCAGCCAGUGGAACUGUCCUGCAGAGGAAGCGUGUGUCAAGAAAUCAUCAGAAGUUGCUUGACGAUAGCUCCCACAUCCUCAUCGUCUACAGCAUCGAGAAUCAAGACAAGGCAAAACCCAGAUCAAGGGAUGACAUCAAUACUGGUCAUAGCCAAGGUGAUGCUCAGGCUCUGGCUUGUGCCUCAUGUGGCAAAGUUGUGAGCAGCGCAUGGAUCGUCGACUCCAUAGCAGCUUGCAACAUUCAACCUCUUUAA